CACACAAAUUAUGUGCGUACGUGCGCUUGUAUACAUAUAUACGCGUACAUAAUCCGAAAUAUAAUAAUCAGUAUAUAUAGUAAGUUUAAACAAUGUCUUGAGAUCUGACAGGGAACCUGCGACUCCAUUGUUUUUUUUAAAAAUAACAAAAAAAAAACGGCGAAAAUCUCAUGCUAAAGAAAAAAAUUGAUGAUUUUAUAUAUGAAGAAUGUAGCAGGAUGCGUGUCGUGAUCAAUGUAACAACCGCUUUGCUAACAUAUUCGGAAAUUUAAUGAGAGUUUAAAGUUCUAAAUUUUUUUAACACACACUUUGCGUACUUUAAAAUACGUUAUUGAAACAUUGUACGAUGAUUGUGGAAUAUUCUAUAUACAGCGUAUGUGUGACGCGUACAAAACCGGGAAAGGGAUGAUGCUUCGUGCAAAACCAAGUCGAAAAUGUAGAAUAAAAGUCUUUUGCGAGGUUCAAUUCUCAAGAAAGUGAAUUUUAAAAACUAAAAGUGAUAUAUCUACUUUUUGUAUUUAAUUGUGAUCUGUAAUAAUCUUGUAUAUACAUCGUUAAAUGUAUUUCGAUAGCAGUUAUUAGUCAACUUUAAAGAAAAUUACACUCUUCGCCGUUCAAUCAAGCAAAUUAAUAUUAUAAAAUAUAAUAUUAUAAAAUUAGUAGUAAACUUAUGUGCGUAUUAAAUUAUAAAGCUGUCAUUAAUAACGUUAACGAAUUACAUGAUAUUCCACGACAGGAUUAUUGAAGGUUAAUUAAGCGUAACAAAAAGUGAAUGUGUUAUCAAUUUUUAAAUUUUUAAAAUCGUUUGCGGAAUUCUAAGUUUUGCGUAAAAAAAAACUUUUACUAUACAUUUUCGACUUUUGCACGAGGAUUCAUCCUUUUCCCGGUGUUGUAUCUUGUCCCAUCGUAUUGUCUCGCGUAGACAGAGUGUUUCUAAACUGAAUCCCAUAAAUAAAAUCACAUAUUCUACGUUUUUCCGCUUGAUUUUUCUACGUAGAACAUGUAUUUUCAUUCGCAACAUUCAGUUUAGAAACACCCCGUGUAUCUUACACACACAUAUUACAUAUACAUGUACGUGUAUGUGUGUGUAUAAAUUUGUGUGAAGACUCUCUUACGUUUACUUCCGAAAUCAGCAUGAUGCAUUUUUUGCGGAUAAAACUUUUUCGUGAUUGUCUUAAUGUGAAAAUUUGUAUACACGUAAUUCCUUCGUGAAACUUUUUUUUGUUACUUAGCAUUCUACGCCCAGCCAACAAAAACAAAAAAAUUAAAGAAGCGCAGGUGCCUUUUGAGAUUGUCGAGCUAGUCGUGUAACAGUCGAUCCGUCAUAUACAUAAAAUAUUAUAUAUAUAUAUACACACUAAAGAAUCGAGGAACUUUCUUUUGCUUGAACGCGGAGGAAAGCCAGACAUCGAAAACGCCUUAUUAUGAUACGUUUAGAUAGUGAAACGCUGAAAUAAUAGUAGAAGACAGAUAAAUAAUAGUAGCGUACGUAAUUUUUUAAAUGUUAUAUCAUUCUUGAAGAAACGUUAGGAGAUUUUGUUUAUUGUAAUAUAAAUAAAUUAUAUAUAUAUAUAGGGCGAAAUCUCUCCCGCGCUAAAACGACCGACAAUGAAUUUACGAACGCAUUUUUUAUACCGAUAUAUUGAAAACGUAAAUUAUAAACCAAUUCAUUAAGUCAUUAUAUUCAUUUACUUUCAUGUGUAAAAAAACAAAAACGAAAAACAGAUACAUUACAAUAGACUAAUUUAAUAUUUCACUGCGAGACGCGUGCCUGUGUGUUCCUUUCGCAGCCACUUUGCUCUUCCCCAGAAUCACACACACACACACAUAUAUAAGUCGACAAUAAUGUUAUGUUUUCUCAAACAACAGUCAGUACGAGUAAUAAUACACAUGAUAAAAAGUAUAUAAAAAUAAACAAAAACAAAAUGCGGAAUAUGUUUCUUUUCGUGCUAUUUAUUGUAAAUUUAUGGUUUUUGUGUAGUCGAACACCGUCGUUGUAAUAUAUUUUGUGUAUAUCAUUUUUCCGAUUUCUAUACAAAGAAUCAAAGUCGAUUGAUUACUUAUGCUAGUACAUAGAGACUUUCCGUAAUUUAUGUAAUUUGCGAAUGGCAAAUUUUUGUCCUACGUUUUGCGAUGGUAACGUAAAAUUUAUGUGCUCGCGUAAAAUAACGUUUUUUUUUGUAUAGUUUAUAUGUACAUAAAAUAUACCGUAUAUAUAGAUUUUUACUGUGUCGGGAAUGCGAUAUUUCACGAUAUAUAAGAGAGUCACAGUCAUUAUUAAAGAGAAAAAACUAAAAUGACAUAUAUACGAGUAGUAUAUUUCGAUGAAAUACGUUGAUAGUAAAACAUAAAACAAACUUAAACGACGAUAUAUCGAAUAUUUGUACAUACAUACACGUACACACAGACACACAAAUCCGUAUUAAAUUAUAAGCUUAGCUGUGUAAUACAGGAUAAAGUUUUUCGUCUUUCCUCUUACAACUCGAUUCGUAAUUUUACUCUCUCUCUCUCUCGCUGUAUAUUUCGUUGUAAAGUACAAAAAGUGAUGUGUGUAAAACAACCCGUUUAAAACUGUGUAUUAGCGCAUAAUAAUUGAGAACUUAAGGAAUUGUAUAGAGAAUUGUACUUUAUAUUAGUAGGAAAUUUGUACAUAAUUUUGUUAUAUAUUAUUUGAUAAAAAAAAAAAAAAAAAAAACACGUAUAUGUUGGAUAUACGUAAUGAAUCUAGCGAAACCGAAUGUGUAUUAAUUUAAUGUGAUUAAUAAAUUUAUUUCUAGAAAUUUUUGUCACUUCACGCACGUAAUUGUUGGCGAAUCACACGGUCGAAAAAACGCGCUGUAUGAAAUUUCAAAAUGGAUAUGUGUGGUGGCGCUGAAAAUUGACGCGCACAUCUCCGCGGUCCGUUUGUUUUCUUCUAGCCUUGAAAUGGAUCUUUCUCAGAAUCUAAAUGCUGCUGCUCUCUAGAAGUGUGUGAGAUUUGAUUAUUUGCGAUGAGCGCCAAGGAAAAUCCCACCUCGGAUUACAAACGAAGCGAACGACAGGAAAUGCUGGCCGCUCCACCGUUAGACUUGUCAUUCAAAAAGGCCACGACCAUGAACGAAUUAAUGAACAAACGCGGGCAGAUAAUACGCACCGGAAAAUCUGUCAAAAUAGUUAAGGAUCGUUAUAUGACCAGUACGUUAUGGUUAAGCAACAAUCUGUUGCGUUCGAUGGACGGUCUUUGGCGUCUCGCGGAGAAAUUUCUCGAUCAUCCCGCUUCUCUCAGCUGGUUGGAUUUGUCUUUCAAUCAGAUAAGUCAAAUCGGAGAAGACAUCGAGAGAUUCGCGAACUUGAAAAUUCUGUACUUACACGGCAACAAAAUCUCGAUUAUCGCAGACACGCUCAGACUGCGAAAUCUACAUAAUCUCAGAUCGCUGACGUUACACGGUAAUCCAAUUGAGGACACUCCCUGUUACAGAGGAUACAUUGUGCACCUUCUCCCGCAGUUGCUCGUCUUGGAUUUUUCACCGGUAAUCGCUGCCGAAAAGAAACAGGUACUGCCCGUUGGAUUUUCCAAGAUGACUCAACCCGAUAUAAGAAUAUAAAACUUUAUUCCUAUAUAUGUUGUUGCAUACUUUUGAUAUAUACACACAUUGUUUUCAACACUUGUAUACAUUUUGCGAAACACAUGCUGUGUACCAUAUUGCUAGUCGAGGUAUAUUGGCUUUAAAAAAAAAAAAAAAAA